AUGUCGUGGAAUAUGCAGGAUAACGCUCAGGGAGCCUCUAGACCGCAAAAUAAUGGCAUCUUACGACCUGGAAUGCCCGGCAUCGCGCACGACCCAACGAUCCCGCCUCUCCGCCUCAACCUUGGACCACCUCCAACUCAAUCACGCUAUUUUGCACCUAAACCAACUGUAAUUGCUCCAAAUUCGAGUCCAGAUAGACCACCAGUCUCCAACGCCCCCUAUGUGCCCCAUCAAUCGCACUUUGCUCAGCCAACCCUCGGGUCUGCUGCGUUUACUCAGCGCCGUAAUGGGUUCAAUCAGGACCCCUUUGCUCCAUCAACAAUGUCACACGCGCCCUACAGGCCUAAUCAACCCGGUUUCGAGCCCCCACGGAAAAAACAAAACACGGGUCGCCCUCCGGGGAGCGUCGUGUUCGUGCCAAACUCUCCAGAUGACUCGCCAAAUAUGCGAAGAGUACAAGGAGGAAAUAUGAUGUCUCCUUUGACCGAGGAAGACAGUCCUGGUCCAAAUCGUUUGCGGAAAGGGAGACCUGCAGAUUACAUCCAGCCUCUGGGAUCUCCAUCUCCUAGCCCUACUCUUCUCCUCAGUACUUUACAAAACGCGCAUCCAGGGGUGCAUCACGAGGUCCUGCGACAGGCGGCAGCGAGGACAAACAAUUACCAAGAAGCGAGUUUUUUUAUCAAAGAGUGGGAGAUGCAACAAAGGGCCGUGUCCAUCUCUAUUGCCGAGGCACAGGAAAAGGAAAGAAGAGAAAAGGAAUUGGCCAAACAGCGGAAGAACAAGUCUGCGAUUUAUGCCCAUCGAAACACGGUACCUGGGAUAGAAGCACCUGCUCCACGCUCGAAACGCGCCCAUGAUGAUUCUGACUCAGAGGGAGACGAUUUUAGAGGCGACGGCUUCGAUAGCGACGCGUCUGACGGGGACAAUGUCCACGAUGCGGAGUUGGAGGCUGCAUGUGCCGCAGAGGCUCUUGAAUACUUUAACACAGCCGACGCAGAGGGUCUUGUUAUGAUGAUUGCCUGCACACCCGAGCAAGCAGAGACCAUUAUUCGCAUGCGACCUUUUCUCUCGGUUGAAGACAUCGACGGCAAGAUGGUUCGCAGAACCGGCGUCUCCUCCAAGCUCUUUGAGAAUUACAAGGAUCUGUUAAAGGGUUAUCGAGCCGUAGAUGCGGUCCUUCAACGGUGCGAACGCUACGGCCAGGAUCUUGAUCAGGUGCAGGCUGUUUGGCAAAAGUUUGCCAAUGAUCGUCCAAAGUCUAUUAAAAAGGAGGACGAUGUCUAUCUCGUCGACGAUGGGCCUGUCGAACCAUCGGCCGUCAAGACCCCAGAGGAGACCAAGAUCAUGGCCGAGUACAUCUGGGAUGCUCCACAGUCACUGGCCCCCGAUGUCACCUUGAAAGACUAUCAGAUGCUGGGUGUGAAUUGGUUGAACCUUUUGUACUCGCGCAACCUCAGUUGCAUAUUGGCUGACGAGAUGGGUCUUGGCAAGACGAUCCAAGUUAUCGCCUUCCUAACGUACCUCAAGAGUAGAGGUCUCCAAGACAAGGUUCUAAUCGUCGUCCCUGCCUCCACUCUCGAAAACUGGAUUCGAGAGUUUUCCAGGUUCUCCCCCUCGAUGCGCAUCGUCUCCUACUAUGGGACGAUCAACGAGCGUUCCACCCUGCGGAGGGAACUUUUGGAGAGCCAAGAUACGUGGGAUGUCAUGGUCACGACGUACAACUUUGCUCAAGGUGGCGGGAAUGACAGCAAGUUCUUCAAAAAGGUGCCAUGGGCUGUUUGUGUGUACGACGAGGGACAUGUGCUGAAGAAUUAUCAAAGUCAACGGUAUCAUGCGUUGACAAAGAUACGAGCCAAGUGGAGAUUGCUUCUCACCGGUACACCACUACAAAAUAACCUUCAAGAACUUCUGUCGCUCAUGAAUUUUAUCCUCCCCAAACUCUUUACGGAUGUAGCCGAGUCCUUCCGAGCUAUCUUCCGUGUCAAGCCAUCGGCCCAGGCAGGACUUCUUGCUCACGACCGUGUCUCCCGUGCAAAGCAAAUGAUGACACCUUUCGUACUUCGAAGACGCAAAGAUCAGGUCUUGCGAGAGCUGCCAAAGAAGAUGGAGAGGAUUGAAUGGUGCGAGAUGACACCUCUGCAAAAGGAGAUAUACGACCAGUCGUUACAACGCUCUCGACGUGUCUUUAUGGAGCAAGAGGAAGUGGAGGAUGAACUCGCACUUGCAGAGGCUGCUGGACAGAAGAAUCGACCCAAGAAGAAGAAGCAGCUGAAGGCGCAGCAACAAGAUCUCAGUAGCAACGUCUUGAUGGAUCUGCGAAAGGCGACUAGUCACCCGAUGUUGUUCAGGCGAUUAUACACUGAUGAACAGCUAAAGACGCUCGCCAAAGAGUGCCUCCAGGAGCCCGAGUUUAUGAACAGCAAGUACAACCUUGUCCUCGAGGACAUGUCGGUAAUGACGGAUGCAGAAAUUCACCACUUCUGCAAGCGUUACAAGUCUGUUCGAAAAUAUGCGCUUGACGAGAGCAAGUUUCUGGAGGCUGGCAAACUCGACGUUCUCCUCCGUUUGCUGGAACAAUACACCGCAGAGGGGCGACGUGUUCUUAUUUUCUCCCAGUUCACGCAGAUCCUUGACAUUCUCAAGUCGGUUCUGAAUCACAAGGGCUACCGUUACCUUGUGCUCACCGGGUCCACCGCCGUCGACGAACGUCAAGGACUAGUGGACGAAUUUAAUGAUGACCAAGACAUCAAAGUAUUUUUGUUAUCAACAAAAGCAGGUGGCAUGGGAAUCAACCUUACAGCCGCGUCGGUCGUGAUCACUUAUGACCAAGAUUUCAAUCCCCAUAAUGAUUUACAAGCGGCGGAUAGAGCAUACCGAAUCGGGCAGCAACGGGAUGUAGACGUGAUCAAACUAAUUACAAGGGGUACAAUUGAGGAGGACAUUCUUCAGCUUGCUCUGACGAAGCUCCAACUUGACGAAGCCAUUGCUGGUGAUGAGGAGGCCAGCAAACAGACGGAGAAUGAAGUCAAAAAGUCGCUCAUGGAACGUUUGCGGAAACAUUUGGACGACACGAGCGGUGGUACGCCUGGCGAGUCCACUAGCAAGACUGAGGAGACGAAACCGUCUUUGACCGAGGUCGAUGUCCUCAAGGCGCUCCCCGCAGCCCUCUUAGCAGCAACACGCUCUGAAGCGGCUUCUCCAGCCAGCUCUCUUCUUCGAGCCGAGGAGACGCCACCAGCCACCCAAUCACCGACGCCCUUGCCUACACCGUCUGAAAAGGCCGAACCGGAGAGUGAUGUGAUUAUGAUAGAUGACUAG